CUUCCUCGCAGUGCUCAUCACCUCGGCACUCUGUUGUGGAGCCAAACUGUUUGGGUUGGGUGGACUGGUGAUGAGGUGAUGCAUUCCUGUGUUUGUUCCUCUGGAAGUCAAUAAAAUCUCCGAAGGCAUUUUGUUCAACAAGAUUGUCCAGGAGGAAAAGUUGAAGACCAAAAUGUCAGAGGCGGAUAAAGCUGUGCUGUCUCUGUGCGAAGAGUUCUGGCAGUGGCGACUGAAGGAAAGUCCUGAACUUGCCUCUUUCAGCGGCUUUCACCAGUACGAUGACCAAUGGGACGACAUCAGCGAAGAAGCAUACACACGACGAGAUAACUGUGUACAAGAGUUUGUGAAGAAAGCCAAGGCCCUGAAUGUCACAGAAUGCAGCCCUGAAGUUGCCCUGAGCCACACUCUGCUGUGCGAUGUCCUUGACCUUUACACCACAGGCUCACAGUUCAAGAGCCAUUUAUGUCCCAUCAACUACCUAGAAGGAAUUCACAAGGAAAGUAAUUUGACCAUCUCCUACAUGAAGUUUCUGUCGGAGGAGGAUUUUGACAAGUACAUCUCUAGACUUGAGAAGCUUCCAAGCAGGAUUCAGCAAGUGACAGCCCUGCUCAAACGUGGUGUGGAGGACGGUGUGGUCAUGUACAAGUGUUCUGUGAUCCAAGUACAGUGUUCGGGCCAAGGACAUUGUGAUGUCAGAAGUGUUUCCUGCCCUCACAGAACUGAGAGACUAUGUGAAAGAGACAUACAUGAAAAAGACCCGGCCGUGUGCUGGGAUCAACACUUUGAAGAACGGCUCGGCGUGGUACCAGGCCUGCCUGAACCAUCACCUCAGCUGCAUGAUGACGCCGCAGGAAGUCCACGAGAUUGGCCUGAAGGAGGUGCAGCGCAUCCGUGGCGAGAUCCUAAAAUUAGCGGCCAAGGAGGAGCUCGGUGGCACCUUCCCCGCUAUCUUGCAGGCUAUUGUGAAGAAACAAGAGAACAAUUUCCAAACCAAAGAGGACAUUCUGAACUAUGUGAAAAACUUGUGCCAUGAAAGAAUACGACCAAAAUUGUCAACGUUGUUCAAGAAUAUUCCGGAUCUGCCCCUGAGUAUCGUUCCUUUCCCUGACUACAUGAAGGGCGGCCCUGCUGGCUACUACCUCAGUGGCACGCCCGACGGCUCGCGGGACGGAGGGUACUACAUCAACAUUCACAAUCCCAAGGAUUGUCACCAAUUCCACCUACCUGCUCUGAGUUUGCACGAAGGAGAACCGGGUCAUCACUUACAGUCGACAAACGCCCUAGCGGCCACCCACCUGCCCGACUUCCGCCGGUACUGCGAGGACAGCAAGUACUACCUCUCCCCUCGCAACUUCCCCUUCUACACCGCCUACAUUGAGGGCUGGGGCUUGUACUCAGAAGCUCUUGGAGAAGAGAUGGGCAUCUACGAAGACAGCUUUGAAUGGCUCGGCAGAUACAGUUUUGAAAUCUUCCGAGCAGCGAGACUUGUGGUAGAUACAGGGUUGCAUGCCUUUGGAUGGAGCAAGGAGAAAGCUGUGAAGUACAUGAUAGAUAACUCGCUGGAGCCAGAGUCGGAUCUCAGACAGGAAGUGGAGAGAUACAUCACCUGGCCGGGGCAGGCCUGUGCGUAUAAAAUCGGAGAGAUCAAAAUUUGGGAAUUGAGGAGGAAGGCUGAAAAAGAGCUGGGUGACAAGUUUGACAUUCGAGAAUUUCACGACAGAAUCUUGUCCAGUGGGCCCAUGUCUAUCCCGAUGUUAGCUUCAAUCGUUGAUUCUUUCAUCAAGGAGAACAAGGGAGAGCCGACACCCAUGAUUGAAGAACCCUCAAAUGAAACACCUUCGAGUGAAACUCCUUCGAAUGAAACACCUUCGAAUGAAGCGGAAGCACCCAUGAUCGAAACCCCCACGAAUGAAACAGAGAAAAAUUAAGAACCAGAAGCAAUAACGGUUGCAGUCUCUUGAUGUCACACAUUUCCCUGUUGAGCACGGGUCAUCUUCAGGAUCUAACCUAGAGAUUCAAUAUAUAUGCGUAGUCUUCUUACCUCCUCGGUGCGUCCAUGACAUAUAAGCUGUCAAGUCACAGUUGUCUGUUCCUUGAUUUGACUCCUUUCAGUGCAUUUGUGUGUCUGUCUGAGGAAAUUGGGAAUAUGUCGCCUCUGGGCCAUUUUGAGUUUUUGUGUUUUUCUGUAAGCUGGGAUCUUCCUGAUUACUAUGCACUUAAAAUUUUUUCAAUUAUCUGUUCUAGAAGAUGAGAUAUUGUGUUUUUAAGUUUGAAAACGUGGGAGAGUAAGAACUGAGAUAAACACGUUUAAAGUGACACCAUUAUUGAUUUUUAAUAUCUGAAACUGAAUGCAAAUGGAAAAUAAAUUGAGAAAAGAUGUUUUUUAAAGUGGGUUUUAUAAGAAACAGAUUUUGAAUUAUUUUCUAGAAUGGUUGGGGAAUCCAUUCGUAUGCAUAAACUAAAAAUCGUCCGGAAUUGGUGACACCAACUAUUUUUGCCGAUGUCUCAGUUUGAAGUUUAGGGACAUAUUCCUGGUUUCCUUGGACAGGUUCACAUUUUUCAAGACUGCCUCAGGCUUUAGAAUAGUUUUUAAAGUAACAAGCUGAUUGUAGAGAGGUUAAUUUGUUCAUGAGUGAUUUAUUUCGUUGACUCAGAAAAAGAGAAACUUCUGUGAAUGAAGUAUAGCUGAGCGUGUAGUGAUGCCAAAAUGUUGUAUUUGUACGUGUUGCCUAAUCAGUCGAAUGAAAUUUAUUGGCUAUGAGUUUGCCAUUUCCCUGCUUUGAGGUUUUUUUUUUCACAUUUGACACAACAGUUAACCCCCUCCCCCUUUGGAGUUGAAGACAACUGGCCUUGUACAGAAGGAAAUAUUUGUCUUGUUUUGUUGCACCUUAGUACUACCACUAUCUCUUCUUGGGUUGUUGAUGUUGGGUUGAGGCAAAACCCCCCCCCCCCCCCAAUACCGUAAUAACAUUCGGCUCUUUUUUUCUCAUUCCGAUUCGACUUUCCGUCUUUUCAAAUAUUUGGUUUUAGAAAAUGUAGUUUGCUGCUUUAUUAUAGGGAGAAAAUGCAAAGGUUUUGAAUAGGUAUACAAGGUCUUGCAAUUACGGUAGAUAUAUUAACUUGUCGGUCAAGUUGCUUCAAACUCAGUGGACAUCUGUUGUUGUUUUACAAGUCUUUUGACUUGUGCCGUCAUUGCAGUCUGUCCAUGUUGCUAUACCAGUAGAAAGUAAAGUGGUUUGUAAAAAUAGCUACUGUUCUUAAAUUUCCGGGACUGUCCCGGAUUUGACCCUUUGGAGAUUUUAGAGGAAAUUUUCCCCUACUACUACAUCAAAACCAGUCUCACUUGAUGUAAUUUUGUUUGUUGUUACGUAAUCUGAUGUUAUAGUUUUUAUAAGUUAUAACUUUGGGCCUCCCUGACAGGGCUUGGGAAAGAAAAAAUAUUUGGCCAUCAAGAAAUAGCCUUGCUUUUGUUUUUGGGAAAAGUCUUUGCGAGAUAGAAAUGUUAUAUUCCCUAAUCAAAAUGAUGCUUUAAAAGUAGUUUUGUUCAUUUUCAUGAAACAUAAUAUGUAGUUGAUUGUUGCGUCUUACUUUAUAUUUAUAUGUUCCAAAUGUUUGAGUGUAAUAUACUGGUCUAAUAGAAUGAAAUGUUAUUUGAUUUUAUUGAUUAAAUGAAGAGUUUUGUAUGCAGGUGUGGAGAGAGUUAAUGUUUUUGGUAUAAUAAAAACCAUGUUAUACCUAUACUAUUUUCUGUGACUUGAAAAGAAAAAAAAAA